CGGAAGAAACAGGAAGAAAGUACUAACCCAUUCCAAACCUUCUUCCGCCCAUCCUAAUUUCUCUAACUGUAAUGCAGCGGCUGCGCCUUUCGCUACGGUACACGGAGGCGUUACUCGAUUUGCUGCCUGCCACUAAAAGCAAGCUGGUCUCAAACGUUACCCUCCCAUAUUUCAGAACAACAAUGCACUACCACACGGAAGCAAGAGGACGUCCAAACUCCACCGACUACAGGAUUUAUUUUAAGAACGCAGAGGGGAAGUACAUUUCUCCAUUUCAUGAUAUCCCUCUGUUUGCAGACACAGAACAGGGAAAUGUGCCAUCUAAAAGAGUCAAGAAAAAUGAGAGCGAGGUGCUGUUCAAUAUGGUUGUGGAAGUUCCACGGUGGUCAAAUGCAAAAAUGGAGAUCGCAACGAAGGAGCCUCUGAAUCCCAUCAAACAAGACGUCAAGAAGGGGAAACUGCGAUAUGUGGCCAACAUGUUCCCUCACAAAGGCUACAUUUGGAACUACGGAGCGCUUCCCCAGACAUGGGAAGAUCCAAACCACACCGACAAAGACACUGAGUGCUGCGGAGAUAACGACCCGAUAGACGUGUGCGACAUCGGCUCCAAGGUGUGUUUGCCAGGUGAUGUCAUCCAGGUGAAGGUGCUGGGGGUUCUGGCCAUGAUUGACGAGGGAGAGACGGACUGGAAACUCAUCGCCAUCAAUGCAGAAGACUCAGACGCUCCCAAACUCAACAGUAUUGAAGAUGUGCGCAGGAGCAGACCGGGCCAUUUGGAGGCUACUGUCGACUGGUUCAGGAAAUACAAGGUGCCGGAUGGGAAGCCAGAGAACCAGUUUGCCUUCAAUGGACAGUUCAAAGACAAGGACUUUGCAGUGGAGAUCAUCAAGUCCACCCAUGUGCACUGGAGGGCACUUGUGCGCAAGCAGAGUGACGUCGGAGACAUCGAUUGUAAGAACGUGUCUCUCUGUGAGAGUCCGCACAAAUGCAGCUGCGAGGACGCCGCCUGUGUUGUGAAGUCGGCCCCGGCUUGGGGGGAUCCACUUCCUGUUCCUGCUGAAGUGGACAAAUGGUAUUUCCCCAACAAGUGAUUUUUGGAUUGGAUCAAGACACCGGGGAGAUCUUAGUUGAGUCUAAUAUCAACUUCCAAGCCCUUUCAAGUACUGUAUUUCUAUUAAAUUACAAAUAUUUUGUAUGCAGUUAAUUUCAUUUGGAAAUUCAUUUUGUAUUGAAAUUGGAUUUCAGGGUUUUAUUGUUGAAGACAUAAAACGUUACAUUUAAGUUGUAUGUAUUCAAGUUUUGAUGACGAUCGUACUGAUGAAAUAAGGGGACCCCACCCUCUAAACUGUAAAUGAAUUCCAAAAUUAAGUUGGUUUAUUACGUUUCUUAUGUUCUUGAUAUGUACUGGAUAUUAUGUACAGUAAGAGUCCAUUUUAUUUAAUGAUGCCAGUGUAUAUGCCAAUAUGCCUUUCAGGACCUGUUAAACGGAUGAAAAUGGUCCUUAUUUGGAUAAAUAAAAGCAUCUAGAUGUUA